AUGAUUAACUUGUGGAAAGGCCUAGUUAGAGAUGGUGAGAAAAAGAGGUUUGAGAUUAGAGAUAACAACUGCUUGUACUUUGAGGAUCAGAUUUGUGUGCCUAAGAUUUCAGAGUUGAGGAAGAGUACCUUAGAUGAAGCUCAUAGUAGUCCUUAUUUUAUGCAUCUGGCGGCUUUGAAGAGGGAUAUCACAGAUUAUGUCUCGAGGUGUUUCACGUGUCAACAAGUUAAAGCAGAGCAUCAAUUUUCUUCUGGUUUGGUACACCCUACUUCUAUUCCAGAGUGGAAAUGGGAUAAGAUUACUAUGGAUUUUGUGAUUGGAUUGCCUCUGACUCCUAAAAGGAAAGAUACCAUAUGGGUGAUAGUUGACAAAUUGACAAAGUCAGUGCACUUUCUUCCUGUUAGGACUGACUUUACCAUGGAGCAGUAUGUAGAGCUCUAUAUUGAUGAGAUAGAUACAAAGGAUAAAGUCAGAAUUAUAAGAGAUAGACUAAAAGCGGCUUCAGACUGUCAGAAGUCGUAUGCAAACUUAAAGAGAAGAGAUAUAGACUAUGCAGUAGGUGACAAGGUUUUCCUUAAGGUAUCUCCGUGGAAGAAGAGGAAGCUUAGUCCUAGGUUCAUUGGUCCAUACGAGAUCAUUGAGCAUGUGGGAACGUAUCGAUCUGACCCAUUGCAUGUGAUAUCAGUUGAGUCUGUGACUAUAGAGUCGAAUUUGACUUAUGAGGAAGAACCAGUGAGGAUACUUGCUAGAGAGAUUAAGGAACUAAGGAAUAAAAGAAUUCCUCUAGUAAAGGUCCUUUGGACAAAUCAUAAGACCAAGGAAGCUACUUGGGAAAGUGAAGACAUUAUGAGACAGCAACAUCCUCAGUUGUUGACUUCAAGUGAAUUUUGA